AUGAUGGCAGAGGCAAUGGAAGAGGACCUAUUGCGCAGCCCCGUAAGGGAGGAAGAUAUUAUCGAUGAAAACCUAUCAAACAAGCUUUUGACACAAGUGACAACGAUAGGUAUCACUUGUGAUAGUGAGCUCUCCAAGUCGAUGCGCACAGACGAUCCCAGGAGGGAGAGUGUGGUCGCUUCGGUUAGGGAGCAAGUAGCGCUGGUAAAGGAGAUCGCGAAGGCGACGCUCGUAGAAAUUUGCGAGUUAUGCAGGCCGCAAGUGGCCACGCGCGUCUUCAAGCUUUUGCGAUCGGCGCAAAUACAUAGUGUAGGCCAGCUGCAAGAGCACCUGAAUAAGGUUGCAGUGAUGGGCGAAAUUGUGGAAGAGGUAUCGAACGUCUACGUCAUCAAGUCGAGUGUCUCGGGCAAGCGAAGUCCCACGGACAACAGUAGUGGCCAUGGUCAGUCACUUCAAGAUGAAUUCUUCAAGGACCUCGACAAUAUCGAGCCAGAAGUGCUCCGAGACUACGCAGAAAGGCGACUCAGAGAGAAAUCAAGGAAUGCCACAAUCGUCGGCCACAGAAGAAGAAGAGAGGGCGACCCGCCAAGGUGUUACAACUGUGGCAGAAUGGGUCACCUGGCAAAAGAGUGCCGGAGGCCGGCAACUCAGCAACGAAAUAACUUGACUAGGCAGGAAUCGCAUCAAUCGCCUAACGUCGCAUACGCUUCCCUAGUGAAUAAAUGGAUGUGCACAACGUGGAAGGACUCGGCAUCAAAUGGAAGCGAGCUAUUUGGUGAGAAGCCAUUAGUAGAUAUAACCAUUUGUGGUAUGAAUGCAACAGCGCUCCUAGAUACGGGUUCACAAACAACUAUUAUCCCCGUGAAAUUAUUGAAAAGAGCUGUGGAUAGCAGCGUUGACCUGGACGAGUACAUUGAGCGCAUACCUGGGCCUAAGAGCCACCGCAAGCGGCGACACACAGGCCCGUUAGGGCUUCUCUUUCGAUGUCCGGGCAAGUACGCUAAAGAUGGCUGUGGGUACGCGUGCACGAUACAGGAGAAGACCUUCAAAGACGUGGUGCCGACAGCAUCAGAAGCAAUCGGGAAUAUUCGUUUUGACUCGAUUUUUGCUCUUGCUAGACUAAUCUCAAUUUUUGAUCACGAAAGAAGUGAACAAAACAAAAGAUUUCUGAUGUUACAACCGAAGCAUUACCAUCAGUGGCGUCCAAAAAGCUUAUCUCUCCUAUAA